AAUCAUAACACAAGACAUAUAUUUGACAGUUAGCAACAUUAAAUAACACAGUACCGUUGGAAUGCUGGACUUGUAAUAGGGUAUUGCAAGUGUAGAAUAUUUAGCCAGGUACAACAGGAAUCCCCACUAACUGGACGCGUUGUUUCUGCGUUUACGUGGUACGGAUCUUUUUUAUCCUCCCAAAUUUAGCAGUAGUGGGAAACUCACAAUUAUCAAGCAGGAUAUGCCACUCUUUGGAAACACAUUCAGCCCUAAGAAAACUCCACCAAGAAAAUCAGCUUCUCUCUCUAACUUGCAUACGUUAGAUCGUUCUACGCGGGAAGUAGAGCUGGGAUUAGAAUAUGGAUCCCCUAUGAUGACUGUUGGAGGGCAAAGUCUAAAAUUUGAGAAUGGGCAGUGGAUAGUUGAAUCAGGUGGCACUGGUACUCAGAAAGAAGUUCAGCGUUUGCGUAAACGCAACCAGCAACUGGAAGAAGAAAACAACCUGUUGAGACUGAAAAUUGAUAUUCUGCUUGAUAUGCUGUCUGAGACUACAGCAGAAUCACACUUGAUGGAAAAAGAACUGGAAGAACUCAAGACAUACAGCCGGAAAAAGAAAUAAUUCUUCCAUUUUCAGAUAGAGGAACAGGAAUAAAAAUGAACUAUAGCCUGUCCUCCUAGGAGGUGUCAGUAGAGUGCCUAGAUUUUACUGAUUAACUGUGACGGCUAAAUUGAUAAAAAAGAAUAUUAUGUUUUUGACAACAGGAUAAGCAACUGAGAACUACCUGUUUGAACUGUUUGUUUUUAAACCAUUUGGUUAACUCAUGCUCACUCUGGAACAUAGUGCAUGGGGGUAUUUUCGGUUACCCUAUGGUACACUGAUCCUGGAUUUGUUUUUUAUUCAAAGUUCAGAUAUCAAGGGCUGAAUCUCCUGCUUGUGAGAUAAAGAGGAGGAGCUUUGCAUCCACCAGAAAAAUGAAAAGUUUGACCAAGACUUCCUGUAAACUUCUGUGUUAUAGACUCUCCACCUAAAUCUUUCAUGUGCAUUACAGCACUGCUUCCCUAUCUUUGCUGCUUCCAUUACUGUUUGAAAUAAUCAGAAAAGUAUUUUGGUAUCCUGUUGACAGUAACAAGAAAUGUGAACAUGUACAGCUUAAUUUUAUGAAUUGUUUUGUACAGCAGCAGCAACAUCAGGGAUAGUGCUAUUACCUGGACAUAUUUUGCUGAUGACAGAACACUUUCGAGAAUCAGUUUCAUAAAAGCAGUGUGUUUCACACAUUUGUGGUUUACUUAAAUAAAAGCAGUGUUUUGAACAAUA